CAUCAAUCAGUCGAGUCGUGUUUCUCUGUACGUACGCACCACAGCCGCAUCCGAGUGAUACCAGAGAUAGCAGCCAGCAAGAAGCAUAUAAAUUUAUUAACGAACACGGCUUAUGGGCAAAUGAUGAAAGCCCGACAAACGGAGAGCAUCCACAGCAGCAGCAAAUAGUAGCAAAUUGCAGUAAAGGAAAACCCCAGAGAAGGAGGCAAAGAGAGUCGAGAGAACGAGAGCGAUAGGAGGAGAACUUUGUGCGAGUAUAAUAAAUGUUCUGGUUGCCGUUCGUGAUGAAAUUAUUUAUGAAAAAUAAAUGGAAUAUGUUGCUCUUGACGGUGAUGGCGAUGGUCGUGGUGCUGCCACCGUUGGGGGCGGCUCGAGCGACUUCCGACCCUGACACGGCCACGAAUGCAACAUGCAAACACGCCACGGACAUGUGGGGAGAUCCGAAUCCCAACUUAUUCUACGUAUGCUCCGCGGACGGACAGCAGCCGCUGCAGCUGCAGUGCCCGCAGGGACGUGGAUUUUUCAACGGACUCGGAUAUUUGGGCUGUUUACCCUACGACCACUGGCCGGCCUGUCAGUUGGCCACGGACGCAACGGCAACGGCAACGGCGACGACGACAGCGGCAGCGACAGCGGCUGGCUGUGACAGCGAUAGCGAGCACUUUACACAGCCCUGGCCUGCUCCGGAUCCCAAUCAAUUCUACAUGUGCCCAGCCACGGCGGCCACACCGCUGCUCCUCAACUGCGCACACGGCAAGGGCUUCGUGGCCACCUCGGAUGCUGUGGGCUGUGCGGAUUGGACUGUGUGGCGACGCGAGAUGCAGUGCGAGGACUACUAUUGAGCAGCCUCCGCGAAAUAUGUAUGCUUAUAUCCCUGACAGCCUACAGGCAAUAAUCAUCCUUGUGCUGGCAAAUAUUCGACUCGAAUCUUAAUUUAUUGGGCACAUCUCUUGGACACACCUCUGUACAUAUACCAAGCGCUGAAAGACAUGCCAU